AUGGAAUCUGGCACAGCCAGCCAAGCAUGUACAGUACAGCGGUUGCUCCUUUGUGCCGAGGCAAGCUUCAUUGUUAUCUUGCUGUCCUUGCUGGUCAAUGUGGGCGCUUUGGUGGGAUACACUUCGCAGGACAUUGCCCGCAGUGGUAUCCUUCCCGCCGAGCAGGUCGUGUGGAAUUUUCAGAAGGCGAUGCGCUGUGUCCUCGUGGUUCUUUGCUUUCGCGCCGGGUUCCUUCACCGUCAAAAACUUUUCGACGGUGAUGCCCAUAAGUGGCCUAAUCUAGUUUUUACCCGAUUAAGUCAAGAACUGUGGCUCCUUCCGUCAGACGAGGAUAGCGGCGUUGUAUACCGCCGAUACAUUUGCUUGGCGCUUGUUGUGCUUGGUCGAGCUGUGCUUGGCACGGUCCGAAGUGCCAUCAAGUUCCAUUCCCACAUGACCAGUGAAGAGAAGGUUGACGACAAGUCCGUGGACAGCCAGAUAUGUUCUGGGCAGUUCAUCAACUGGACAAUCUUCUUGCUGGAUAUCACCACAAACUGUGGGUUUUUGCUUGGCUUCCGAGCCGGGCGUCACUACUUUGCCGCUGCGAAGCAGGCGUUCCCUGAAGAGUCGGACAGCGCUCCAGAGCUGACGAGCAACGGCGAGGACAGUUCCGACUCAAGACAUCAAUCCCAUGGUGAGGAAGAGCCAGACGUACCCGGAAGGAGAAGGCUUCCGGCAGUGCCUGCACUUCGCCGACCCUCGGCUGUACAGCGACGAGUUCGGAGUCGGGCGGUUGGCACGGGGGAUGAUCCCAACGACAAUCCGGAAGAUGAGGAUGCACAGCUGUCACCAAAGAAGUGCCAGCUGCCUCCAAAGGAGAUUUGCCUGCAAGCCAUGUGCAAGGGUGAGCAGGUUGAUCACGGCCCAAUUUUCUCUUGCUACGCAUGCUGGACCCUGCUGGGUCUUCUUGUUACGUCAGCCAUCGAAUGUUUGCUCCUGUCCUACUGGGAGGCUGCCUUGCUUGGAAAUCGGGACGACGAGGUAGAUGUGUUUCGAAUGCGGCCCUACUUCUUCUCCUGGACACCAGACUUUGGAAGAUGGCGGCUGCGCCGUGUAGUUCUCGGCAGCUGGCGCGACCUCUUCUACUUUGCGAUCCUUUAUCCUGCAACGGCCAGUGCCGUUUUCGUUGCAGCUGUACUGGCUCAUCACUUUGCCUGGGGCAGGCUACGUCUCGUGGACGGCAUCAUGCACAGAGCAGUGAUGACAAUCAUGUCUUACGCCACCCUCUUGGGAUCGCAGCGCGCGUACUUUGCCAUGAGCUGCUUGCUCAUCAGCUGGGAGUGCAGACAACUUGAGAUCCGCGCCAAUGACUUUGCGCGACGCUUCCCGGGACUUAGUCCUCGCCAGCCCGUCCAUGCCAUGGUCUGUAAUUUCUUGACCCUGGAUGCCGUGGAGCCAAAACGUUGGAGCUCUGCAGAGGUGAAGCUCUUUGAGGAAGCGUUCGCAGAAAGAUCCCAAGCGCCAGAAAGUCCCAUCUCACAUUUGGUUGACGACAUCAUUCGGGAGGUGCGCCGACAAUGCCUGGAAUCCCCCACAGCUGGCCUGCGUCUGGCGCUUCGUGUUCUACAACAUGCAGCUGGCCAUGCCGCGAGGUCCUUUGCUCUUGACGUUCUUCGAGAGGUUUGCACAGAGUGGUGGCUUCUUGACGAGGAGGAGCAGCACCAGCUCUACGAUGUCAUGUUGCGGACGCGUGAUCUUGAUGCAGACUGGGGGCUGCAGGUGGCCAAGGUCCUGGAGGUCAUCGGCCAGCAAAGUGACCUUUGCCGACUCGUGCGAUCACAGUCGCGCCUGCGCUCUGGUCUGAGCUCCUCACAGUCACAGCCACAGCUGCGAACAAGAAGUCGGGCUUUAAACAGUCAAUUUGUUCCAUCUCGCCUUCCCACGACUCGCCAGUCUGUGUGGGAUCGGGAAAACAUCCCGAAGGAUCCGCCAAAGAAGCCCAUCCCCUGGUGGACGCCCAGGCUUGGGCCGUUCUCUGCUGCCAGCUUUCUACUUUCUUCCAGCCUCAACUGGCGUGAUCGCCUUCUGCUUCUGUUCUCUGCACGCCAUCUCACUCUUCCGUCCUCUUCGGCUGUUGCUUGGCAGCUGGGCUUUGCGGCAGGGCCGCUGAAGCAUCUCCUGCCCUGUGCUUGCAUUCUGCUAGCUGCUAUCUGCAGCCAAGAGAGAGGUUACACCAGCACAGGUUGGCUUCAGCACGCAACGCUGGUAAACGAGGUGAAGGAGCUGCAGUCAAGGCUGGCUCCGCUAAUUACAUACGUUUUCGUGCAGCACAUUGCAUACCUCUUUCUCGACGUGGCCAGGCAGUCGUGUGAUGCGACCGUUCCCUUCAACAUGGUGCAUUAUCUUUUUCGCCAUGUGAUGUUUCUGGGCGCCUUGGCUGUCACGGUGUGGCGCAUUGGAAAGCUCAAUUUCUCGAUUUACGAGAAGCUGCACAAUGCCGUCAUGGACCUGCUGCCCAUGAACUGGGCAGAUCUGGGUCACUGCCCAAACGUUGGACAGACGGAAGUUGUGCUGCAGCGACAGCACAUGGAAGAUUGGUUUCGAUAUCUCCAGCACAAUAUCGAUACAGGUAGGCGCGACGCAUGCAUAUGCGUGUUCCACCUUCGGUUUGCUGCCAAAUCGCACGUCGUCGCACUCUCCGUCUUGACUUUGCUCACACUUCCGGUUGUGAACAAAGUGCUGGAAUACUACGGCAAGCAGGUGGUCAACGAUCGCCUUCUCGGAGGCAACGAUGUCUCAGAGAGAUCCUCGUUCCUGCACCAAAUGGAGCAGACGUGUAUGCCACACAAAGAAGAGUGA